GCCAGCGCCGAUCCGCGGGAGUCGCAAAAAAAAGCGGUAGGUGGUGAUUGUUGAGCAGUCAGCGACCGUUCGUCGAUCCGGACGGAUUGGUGUUGUUCUGUUGCGUCACGGUGUUCCAGUUCAGUGCACCUGCCACCUUCCUCUGUUUCUCCCUUCCUGUUAAUCUUGUGAGAGAAGAGCAGCGCGUGUCACACGGGCGAGGAGAAACAACGGGGCAAAGAUGGGCGAGAAAACUGAACACAUCGUGAUGACGCCGAAAUGCAAGACCUCGAAUUCAACGACGCUGAUAAUAGAGAGGCAAGCGUUGGAGCCCCCGACGGAGAAUGGGAACGAGAACAACGUUCACGUCGCCGGAGGUGAUCACAAGGGGAUCGUCAUCAACAAACAGGCUGCUGCUGUGACGAACGGCGAGGUGUGCCCUGCCCAGCUCUGCCUGCAAUUCAGGGUGUUCCUGGUGAGCGCGCAAACUGGGAAGCAUACUCAGGAACAAAGGACUCUUCAGUUCUGGUUCACGAAUACGCUCUCAGAAACGGAACAGCCGAGCGUUGCGCAGGAGUUUUUCAGAGAGCUCGUCACGCCGCAGGAGUUUCCUAGAGACUAUGUGGGAUUUAUAAAAAAGAUCAUGAAAUUGAUGCAACAUAAAUAUCCCAGUAUUAAAAAACUAGAAGUGGAAUUGAGGCAGCUGGAAGAACCGAUCACACUCCCGAGCAGACCAUCUACCGGUCACUUACUAUUCACACUUCCUUCCUCUGAGAAAAUUAUGUGGAGUGCAGUAUCUACGGACGAAACCGUCAUGGGUCAAGUGAUCGAGCUCACGGUCGAAAAAGUUCUAGAGCUUAUUGAAUCUGCUUAUCCAAAUCCGGUCACCGUGGUUGACAUCUCGAAGCAACAUGGAUGGGAACCAUCCGAUGUAGAAGCUAAGCUAAAAGAGCUUCAAGAGAAAGGUCUCGUCAAAGCCAUGGAUCAUGGUGCUUUCACGCGUGUCGUCCAUGAAGAUACUCAAGUUCAAGUAGUGAAGCAGAUGCCAACGAUGGCAAGCGCGAAGCAACCCACCAUAGCCAUUAUCACAGCCCAGUAUUGCGAGAAGCUUGCUGUGGACUCGCUGAUUGAGAACAAGGAAACUUUCGUUCGUUACACCACCGUUGGUACCGCAAGUUCACCAGACACGACAGACGGAGUUCCGCGAGUGACAUGCCGUUUCGGGGAGUCAAACAUAUACACUUUGGGCAAUAUUGGUACGCACAGGAUUGUGUGUACUAAAUUGCCAACCGUAGGCCAUACUAGGGAAGCGAUGACCGCGGCUGGUAAUACCACGACUAGAUUAUUAGGUACAUUCCAAAAGGUGGACUAUGUCUUUCUCGUUGGAGUCGGCGGUGGUGUUCCUCACUAUACAGAUUACAAUAAGCAUGUACGACUGGGCGACGUGGUGAUAUCGCAUCCAACGCCGCUUAACAAGAAAUACACGUACAUUUAUUGCGAGAGUGCCAAGAUGACUGAAAAUGGAAACUAUUAUUUCGAGACCAAAGAGUAUUGCCCGCCGAACCUCAGUCUUCAAGAAAUCGCGGCGACUUUGAAGAAACAAGCUGAAAACGAAACAAUUCCUCCGUGGCAGGAGUAUGUGGGAAAAGGCUUGGAGAACCUGGUCAAUCAGUCGGAACACGACUUUAACGCACCACCCCCAGAAUCCGACAAGCUGUACAUGGCUAUAGGGGAAAGAGACGUUAUCGAAGUAGCUCAUCCAACCGCACCUCAGGAUUCCACUAAUAAAAGAACUGACGGAUGUUCCCGAAUUCAUCUGGCACCAGUGGCAUCCGGCCGGCAAAUCGCACGGGACGAUCAGCUCAGGCAGAAAUUCGCAAGUCGGUUCGGUGCGCUUGCGUUCGAUGCGGAAAUGGACGCUGUGGUCGAGAGUAUUCUGGGUAACUGCCGUGAGAAUUUCGUUGUGAUCCGCGGUAUCGCCGAUUACAAGGAUGGCACUCGGAUCAAAGAGUGGCAACCUUACGCGGCACUGGCGGCAGCCAGUGUGAUGAAGGCUAUAAUCUGCGCGAUGGAUCCACCGACUAAUGACUAAUGUCACUUCCUCGAUAGUUAGUUUUCCUAAUUUUAUUUCACGUAGCGUACAAUGCAACAUGCAUACCUUUUCGAGAAAAGAUUCGAGAAACGAUAGAUAGAAUUUAAAACCAAAACACUAAGUAUUAAGCACAAAGUUGCACAAGGAUCGUUAAUGUCUGGCUGAUUAAUUUUUAUUUCUUAUUCGCGAAAGCACAUGGUAGGUCGCGCAACAGUAUUUCAUCCUAUGAAUUCACACGUACAUUUAUAAAUGGAAUAGGUCUGAUGAAGAAAACGUUUACGGUAGACUUCUUAUUGCUUAAAUUUUAUCGUUUUUAUAUGUUUAUUAGGCCUCAAGAGAAAAUAGCGUGCCAUCAUUACUUUUCAUAAUUAUUAGGCAAUGCUUACGAGGCGGAAUAGUUUUACGUUAGGGUUUUGCGAAAAUGAACUAACUGUACAUUGAAUGUACGUUAGAAGAUGUACAUGUGUUUGCUACAAACACGUACUCAGACUUUGAACACCAAGCUAUUAGAGACAAGUUAGAGCGAAGGCUAAUGAUAGUGGAGCAAUUGCAGCAGGACCAAAUAGGACACAGCAGGUUUUAUUCUACUCUCAAGAUAGAUAAUUAAUUUAACAGCAGCUCUAUUUGACUUAAUUUGACAAGGCAGCUACUUGUUGCAUUCGUACUUGCUAUGAUUGAAAUGAUCAAGCAAUUUUACUAAGUGCAAAUAUAAGAUAUAAGACAACGGAGACGUACGACGUGAGUUUAGGAAGCUAUCAAGCGGGCAAACUGAUUUAAGUAUAGGUAUAUGAUGAUAGAUGCAGCCGGUAACUGAAAGUAUAUUUGGCAAAUAGCAAACAGUAUUUAGCAAAUCAAAAUUAAAUUAUCGUUGCAAGAUUGCUGAAGUAACUAUUACAUGUUUACCAGAGUAUAUAUUGACGUUUUUAACAGAUAUAUCCAUUCUAUACACACGCACACACAAUAUACGAGGAUUAAUGAAAAACUACAUUUCCCCGAAGUACAUCUUACAUUACAUGCAAUGGGAUGCCGCGAAAAAGAUUUCUAUUAAUAUGUGCCAAUGUGUUCAUAUUUAUCAAAUUCACUGCCCUUCGAAAAUCUGGAUUACCAUCUUAGCGAAAAAUUUCGAGGAUUUCUUAAAAUUUUUCAGUUUUUCAACGAUUUACAAUUUCCUCGUAUAAAUAACUAUUCUAUAACAUUUCUAAUUCUACAUUUAAAAAUUACAGGGUAGUGCGCAAAAACUUAAUCUAAAUAUUAAAUUGAAGUAUGGACCUAAAAAUGAUUAAAAAAAAGGAUAUAUAAACAUAUAUUUAAGUGUUGUUAAUAAUGAAAGAAGUCUUAAAAUUUUAGCAAAAGUCAAAGAAAUAAUACGAAAAUCAUAAUAAUACGAUUGAUGAUUACAGCCAUAAAUAUCUUAAAAUAUGCAUAUAAGCAAAGUGUAUUUAUAUUUAUUUAUUUAUUUUCCAUACUAGUAUUUCUCUGAUAGUAAAAAUAAUUUAAUCUUCCGUCUGUGAUUCAUGUGCACGCAAAUUAAAAAAAAAACAUUUUGUUUUACAUAUUAUAUUUACUUUAAAAUAUUUUCUAUGAAACGUUAAAGCAAACCAUUAAAUAAUAGGAGGCAGAAAUCAACAGAAAUGAUAAAGAUCACUUGUUGGAUAGGAGCACACAUUUCAAAUUCUAUCAGACAUAGAGGAAACAACUAACGCUUACAGAUACGCAGAUACGUAAUUAAAUAAAAUUUAUAUCUAUACAAAUAUUUAAUAUAUUUAAUAUAUAAAUCGUGCGCUCGCUCGCACGCAUGCAAGUUUAUAUUAUGAGAAACUUUGGAUUAAAUUAUUUCACGACAGAUUCCUAUUUUAGGCCUAAUAUAUUUAACUACGUUAAGUUCGACGGAAUUCCUUUGUUACAUUAAUCGAGGCUUGUAGGAGCUUCGAGCUUCCAAUUGCGCAUUUGUAUUUGCGUUAUUUUCAUGCGCUUUCAACGCUAGUCGCAUUACUGUGUUUUCUACCUGUAUUUAUAUACUUACUACACUUUUUUCUUAGAUUAUGAUAGACGAUAGAUAGCUAAUGUAAUGUAUAAGUUAUUGUACUUGUCUACUUAAUCUCACAUCUUACGAAGAGAUGUUAUUUCUUACAGCGAAUUCCUGCUUGAUAAGUAAAUUAUUAUUUAGUUAUUAGCGACUUUAUGAUUUUGCGAAUUACUUAUUUAAUUAUAAGUUUUGAACUUUGUAUUCCUGCAGCGUUUGAAGUCUUCAGAAUGUAGCACACGGAGAGCUGAAAUAUUGUAAAGUAUCUUCAAACUGAUUGAAAGAUACGACAGUAUGUUCAACGAUUAAUAAUUUGACAUAUUUUAUUACAUUUUUUAUUAUAAAACAUUAAUAUUUUGUUAGUAUCGUAUAAAAUUUCAAAGGUUUUGUCGGUAUAUCAUAUUAUAAAAAAAUAUACAUAUAUAUUUUGCUAAUUCUUAUAAAUCUUAUCGAAAUACGUUCUGUUUGCUUUGCUUUACGUUUCAGUAAAUAUAAAAUCAUCAUUUAUCAUUAUAAGUAUUUUGUGAAAUGUUACAGCUUCCGGAAGAAAAUGUGUGCUUCGCAUCUGUCCAUGCGUAAAUUAGUCUUCCGGUAAAUAUAAAGAAUGUAUUAUCAAAAAUUAAACAAGGUUGAAUCAGGGUUGCAAUAAGAUCUUGAUAUUCGAGAUAUAGAUAUUAAUAUGGUAAAUACUGAAAGUGCCCAUUUUAAAAAAGUAUUACAAUGAAAAGGAAUCUUUUUUGGUAUUUUAUUAAACUUUAUGGUGACUUAUACGCUAUUUACUAUAAUUUAAAAAUUUUAAAGAAUCCAAUUAAUGCGAUUAACUAUACAGAUGUUGGAUAAUCGAUCACUAUUGGAUCAAUAUUGGAAUAAAAUUAGAUUGAUAUUGGAAAAUAAUAUUAAAUGGCAAAUUUUAUAAAUAGUAAAAUUUUUUUUCUGCAAUAAUUUAUGAAUGAGAUAUGAAUAUAAACAAUCGAGAACACUGUACACUUUUAUUUAGGGCUGAUGAUAAUGGUCAAUAAUACAUGAAGUAUUAUAACAAGAUCUACGAAUGAUAAUAUUUCAUGGUAGCUAUGCAAUGUCUGCCAAGGAAGUAGGAUUAGGCUUGGUAUAUAAUCUGCUUCACAGCAGAAAAGGAGCUGUGAUAAUUUCGAUAUUCUUUCGUGCGACACGAAAGGAUGUGGUGGUGUUGGCCAUAUAGUAGAGAUUAACCAAUUCGUCGCCCGUCGAUUCUGUUGAUGAAAUUGCACCGCAAUUUGCGCAAUGCGCAUAGACAUGUGCAGAGACGGAGUAAUGCGUUAUUUUAUACCAUAGAAAAGUUAGAUGUAACUUUUAAUUUAAUUCGUAAAAUUUGCAUUUGGCGAUCAAAAUGCCUCUAAGUCAUAGCGUGUUUCUUAGUGUAUUACGGAUAGUUUAGCAUUUAUUUACGCUAUAAUAUCACUUCUUCAUUCCUUCGUUUCUGUGACAGAAUGUUCCAAAAAUAAAUUAUGUGCAUGUAUUAUUAUCAAUAUUGUCAAAUAUAUACGAUCAAUCG